AUGCUAGCAAUCCGACUUAGUACAGCUGCUUAUUCCAGUAAACAAAUUGAAUUUAUUUUGGGCAUACGUUCCACAAUUUCAAUAUUAAUUUGGAGUGAUGAAAUGGAUUUAAUAAAUGAUUGGUUUGAAAUAAUUAAUCUUCGAUCAGGCGUAUAUUCUAAACGUUUAGUAUUUGAUUUAAAUGAUAAACAUCGAAAUGUAUUGAAAAUGCUUCCAUAUUCCAUUGUUAUGAGUGAAACAAAAUUUAAUCGAAAUCAUUGGAAUUUGAUAGAAUUUCCAUCCGUUUCUAUUGAAUCAUCUGGUGCUGUAAUAAGUGACGAAGGUAUUGCAUUUAUCGGUUGGCCAACGGCAUUCCUGAUCUCACUGACACAGCCAUCAGUAUUUCCGGAUAAUCAACGGAUCACUGCUAAGCUAAUAUUUGUAAAAAAGAAACAAAAUAUCAAUGAUAAUUGGUUAAAGCAUAGUGGCUUUGUAAUAUAUCUGUUAGAGAAAGUGCUCGAUUUACAAUCACCUGAAAUUACCACCGGUAUAAAGAUUUUUAUUGGUUACAAUGGUCGUUUAUCAAUUGAAAAUCGAGGAAAGCGACACAAUUACUAUAAUAUGAAAGCAGCAGGACAAGUGCGCCACGAUCAAAGUUGCUAUGAUAUUGAACUUUUGGAUAGAGGUUGGCAAGUUGAGCUUACUGUUGGUGGAAAUGAUUGUAAAGAUGAAAAAAUGAUAAAUCCAACAAAAAUUACUUUAGAAACAUCAUUAACAAAGUAA